CGGCGCGCUCCUCCCAGCGUCGGGGCGGGAGCUCCCAACCACCUCACCUUUUCCAGGAGGGAACUUCCAAAGGUGUUUCUAAAACAUAGCUCCAGCUAGAGGGUGCCUUUUAAGCUGUUCAAGACCAAAAUGAAUACAGACUCCAAGGAGGUUAUAUCCCUGGAUGUUCAAGCUCGUGGUGUUUGGGAAGAACUGACCGUGAAGGCAGAGGCAGAAAGUCACCUCCAAAUGCAGGAAUCCGGACUGAAACGCAGUAAUCCACUGGCAAGGGAGAUCUUCCGAAGGCGCUUUCGACAGCUCUGCUACCAGGAGACCCCUGGACCAAGGGAGGCUCUCACCCGACUCCGGGAUCUUUGCUGCCAGUGGCUGAGGCCGCAUGUGAGCACGAAGGAGCAGAUUCUGGACCUGCUGGUGCUGGAGCAGUUCCUGUGUAUCCUGCCCAAGGAGGUGCAGGGCUGGGUGCAGGAACACUGUCCAGAGAGUGGGGAAGAGGCAGUGAUUCUGCUGGAGGAUCUGGAGAGAGAGCUCGAUGAACCACAACAUGAGAUGGUAGCCUACAGACACCGACGAGAAGUCCUCUCUAAAGAGACAGUGUCUCUAGGAGAGCAGAUGUCACUGGGCCUUCAGUCCCAGCCUAAGGAGCCCCAGCUCACAUGUGACCCUGCUCAGGAGCCCCACCGUAUCGGAAAGACAGGCACAUUUCUGUUUUGCAAACCUGUUGUCAUCUCCCAGCUAAAAGGAGGAGAAGAACCAUGGUCUCACCCCACAGGAGUCCUAAGAGGUACCUAUCCAGAUGGAAUGGCCAAGACUGAGAAGAGAGAGUUGGUGCUAAGGAAAGACUGUCCUAAGAGAGUGGAACCACAUGGGAAAAUGUCUUACGGACAGACCUGGGAGAUAUCACAGCAGGAUCCGCGACACAGAGAAGUUGGUGACUGCAAGGGUGGGGUAGAGAGGCACUGGGGAAACCCCUUAGGAGCCGGACCACACAGAUGUGAAGAAUGUGGGAAGAGCUUUGCUCAGAGCUCAGGUCUUGUUCGACAUCAAAGAGUUCACACUGGAGAAAGACCCUACGAAUGUAAUGAGUGUGGGAAAACCUUCAGUCGGAGUUCGGGUCUUUUUAAUCACCGAGGAAUCCACAAUAUUCAGAAACGGUACCACUGUAAGGAGUGUGGGAAGGCCUUCAGUCAGAGUGCCGGUCUCAUCCAGCAUCAGAGAAUCCACAAGGGAGAAAAGCCCUAUCAGUGCAGCCAGUGCAACAAGAGCUACGGUCGGCGUUCAUUUCUCAUCGAGCAUCAGAGAAGCCACACAGGGGAGCGACCUCACCAUUGCAGCAAAUGUGGGAAAAGCUUUAAUCGCCACUGCAACCUCAUCCGCCAUCAGAAGAUCCACGUGGUGGCAGAGCUGGUCUAAUCCAAGCUGUACGCAAGUUUUCCAGAUCACUGGCCAAGUCGUGCGGGGUCUGACUGAAAUUCCAGUCUUAUUCGUGGGACUGUGGACUACCCAAGCCAGGAGAGUC